AUGGCCGGUCCAACCUCCAAACUGGCGGUCGCCAAAGAAGACAAUGCUGCGAACCUGAGGCUCCAGGAGGCUGAGCAAAUUUAUGGACGAGGCAAAGGUGUCAAUGUGAAGAGUGCCCGGGACAAGAAGCUGCGCGCAAACCUGAAGCGACAGGAGUUCAAGCACAAGGAGGCUGUUCUUCAAGCCAAAGAUGCUGAGCUUCUGCUCGAGCACACCGAAGGCUUCCUUGAGCCAGAGGGAGAACUCGAGAAGACAUACAAGGUUCGCCAAGAUGAGAUCCAGGAAAGCGUCGGGAUCGAAACUGCGAAGAAGAGUUUUGAAUUGAAGCUCCCCGACAUGGGCCCCUACCGCAUGGACUACACUCGGAACGGUCGCGAUCUGUUGUUGGCAGGACGGAAGGGACAUGUCGCAACGAUGGACUGGCGCGAGGGAAAGCUGGGCUGCGAGUUGCAACUGAAUGAGACUGUGCGGGAUGCCCGCUGGUUGCAUAACAAUCAGUUCUUCGCUGUUGCGCAGAAGAAGCACACUUAUAUCUACGACCACCAGGGUACAGAACUGCACUGUCUAAGCAAGCAUCUGGAGCCUCUUUUCCUGGAGUUCCUGCCAUACCACUUCCUUCUUGCAAGCGCUCAAAUGAGCGGACACCUCAAAUACACCGACACAUCAACCGGUCAAAUCGUCGCCGAGCUUCCUACUCGUCUAGGCAAGCCGACCGCUCUCGCCCAGAACCCGUGGAAUGCAAUUCUCCAUGUUGGACACCAAAACGGAAACGUGACUCUGUGGUCUCCCAACUCUCAGACUCCGCUUGUGAAGGCACUUGUGCACCAGGGGCCCGUUCGGUCAAUGGCAAUGGAUCGUCAGGGCCGCUACAUGGUCUCCACUGGCCAGGACCAAAAGAUGAGCGUGUGGGAUAUCCGCAUGUACCGUGAAGUACACACAUACUCCUGCUACCAGCCCGGUGCAUCAGUAUCAAUCAGUGACCGCGGUCUGACCGCGGUAGGCUGGGGCACCCAGGCGAGCGUAUGGCGAGGCCUGUUCGACGCCGCCGCCGCCGAUGUAGGCAAGGUGCAAAGCCCCUACAUGGCAUGGGGUGGUGAUGGCCAGCGUAUCGAGAAUGUGCGCUGGUGCCCUUACGAAGAUGUUCUCGGUGUUGGUCACGACCAAGGAUUCGCCAGUCUGAUUGUCCCCGGUGCCGGAGAACCCAACUUCGAUUCAUUGGAGGCCAACCCGUACGAGAACGUGCGCCAGCGCCAAGAGCACGAAGUCCACGCACUGCUCACCAAGCUGCAGCCGGAUAUGAUUUCGCUGGAUCCCAAUGUCAUUGGAAAGCUCGAUACAGUCAGCGACCAAAAGUACCAGCAGCAGCGCAACCCGGACCAGAAGCCCGAGGAUACCAUGGACAAGAUCAAGAACCGUGGCCGUGGUCGCAACAGUGCUUUGCGCAAGUACCUGCGCAAGAAGGGUGGCAAGAAUGUUAUUGAUGAGAAGCGUCUCAAGGCCGAGACUUUGCGCAAGGAGCACGCUGCUCGUCAUAAGGAGAAGCUCAAGGCAGAGCGCAAUGAUCUGGGACCGGCGUUGUCUCGGUUCGCCAAAUAG